AUGCAAAGUUCAGACAGUGGCUCAGAUUCUGCGACGUCGGUGGCUUUACGGACGUCUGCAUCAGCCCAGGCACCUGUAGUUCAGCCAGUACCAGCUUCCCAGCAGAGGAGCUUGUCUCAGUCAUCUGGCUCUGCUCCCAAAGGGGCACAUGGUCAAGGUGUGCAAAGAGCUCACCAGAUACAGCAGCAGGUUCAGACCGUUCAGCAUGUCUAUCCAGCACAGGUGCAGUACGUUGAAGGAGACACUGUGUAUGCCAAUGGAGCAAUACGGACAACCUAUUCCUACAAUGCAGAAGCUCAGAUAUAUGCUCCCAGUAGUGUUGCCUCAUAUUUUGAUUCCCAGGGUGGAGGUGCCCAAGUGACCACUGUAGUUUCUUCUCCCACUGCCAUUCCUUCCCACAGUAUGGUUGGCAUCGCCAUGGAUGUGGGUGGAAGCCAAAUCAUCUCUAGCUCUGGAGCAUACCUGAUCCAUGGUGGCCUAGACCAUUCUCGCCAUUCUUUGUCUCAUACAUCACGUUCUUCUCCUGCCACGCUUGAAAUGGCGAUUGAAAAUCUACAAAAAAAUGAAGGCAUCACCUCUCACAAAAGCAGCUUGCUCAACAGCCAUCUUCAAUGGCUGUUGGAUAACUAUGAGACAGCAGACGGUGUUAGCCUUCCCAGAAGUUCAUUAUACAACCAUUAUUUACGCCAUUGCCAGGAGCACAAGCUGGAUCCAGUUAAUGCAGCCUCAUUUGGUAAACUAAUACGCUCAGUGUUUAUGGGACUGCGAACGAGACGCCUUGGCACCAGGGGUAACUCCAAAUACCACUAUUACGGCAUCCGGUUGAAACCCGAUUCCCCACUUAACAGACUUCAAGAAGAUAUGCAGUAUAUGGCAAUGAGACAGCAGCCAAUCCAUCAGAAACAAAGGUACAGACCUACACACAAGACAGAUGGCAUGAUGGAUACCUCGCUCGGCAGCCAGCAUACCUCUCCAGAGCAGUCCGUUGCUGCUCAGAGCCAGCACCACCAGCAAUUCAUAGAUACCUCCCACGUGUUCCCAGACUUUCCUGAUCCAGAUCUGGGUGGUGUGAUGCUACCCGAUGGCAUUACUAUGUCUGAUGUAAAGAAUUUGCAGCUUAUGUACCGACGACACUGUGAGGCAACUGUAGAUGUUGUGAUGAAUCUGCAGUUCCAAUAUAUUGAGAAAUUGUGGCUGGCUUUCUGGAACUCUAAACCGUCUUCUCCGGAUGGCUCAACAGCAUUAUCAAGUGAGGAGGAGCAGGAAGCGGUCAUCCCCAAGGAUAUACUGAUGGUUCUGUGUAAAUAUGAGCCUGUUAUGAGAUGGAUGAGGGGCUGUGACCACAUUCUAUAUCAAGCUCUAGUGGAAAUUCUAAUUCCAGAUGUUUUGCGGCCUGUCCCAAGUACUCUAACCCAGGCAAUACGGAAUUUUGCAAAGAGUCUGGAAGGAUGGCUAACAAAUGCCAUGACUGAUUUUCCCCAGCAAAUAGUCCAGGCAAAGGUUGGUGUUGUCAGUGCCUUUGCCCAGACUCUGCGUCGAUACACCUCCUUGAAUCAUUUGGCACAAGCUGCCCGUGCGGUUUUGCAAAAUACAUCGCAAAUCAAUCAGAUGCUCAGCGAUCUUAACAGAGUAGAUUUUGCAAACGUUCAGGAACAAGCGUCCUGGGUAUGCCAGUGUGAAGAAGGCAUGGUUCAGAAGCUGGAACAAGACUUCAAGUUAACCCUGCAGCAGCAGAGCUCGUUGGACCAGUGGGCAAAUUGGUUGGAUAAUGUAGUCACCCAGGUGCUAAAGCCUUAUGAAGGGAGUUCCAGUUUUCCAAAGGCUGCCAGACAAUUUCUGUUGAAGUGGUCUUUUUACAGUUCAAUGGUUAUCCGGGAUCUCACCCUGCGCAGUGCCGCUAGUUUUGGAUCCUUUCACUUAAUCCGAUUGCUGUAUGAUGAGUACAUGUUCUACCUAGUAGAGCACAGAGUGGCUCAGGCAACAGGAGAGACGCCUAUUGCAGUGAUGGGCGAGUUCAGUGACCUGUCUACUAUGUCUCCGGUAACAAUGGAUAAAGAUAACAUGAGUGAUCUAGGCAGUGACGAUGCAUCUGGCGAGACGCCAGUGAAGAGGGAACGUGUGGAGAUGAACCACUCCAUGCAGGACGUGUAAUGCAAAAAAGUUGCCAGCGCCUUAUUGCUCCCCGUAAUGGAAUCACCUCAUGUUUUGAAGGCAAACCUGCCUCAAACAAGAACUCCGUGAAUUUAGUGCCUCUGCCACACAUGACACGUCUUUUGGAAGAACUCUGCCAUUCAUUGAAAUUCAGUGUUCAAGUCCUGAAAAGCGAAGUUUGGCACGGGACAAAUGUGACGUCACCGCAUUCCUGACAAUCUCACUCCAGACGUGUGCUAUGUGCUAAUUUAUCCUUUUGACCUUACUUUUUGACCUUACUUAUUUUUCCUCCUAAAUACAUUUCUGAGUUCUGAGUUGGUAUUCUAGAAGAUGUUUCCAUUUUAUUUUUGGAAGCUUUAGGGAUUAUAGCUCAGGCUUUCCAUUUUCCUAAUCCAGUUAGGUACAUUGUUGGGUUCCUAACUGCACCAUGGCUCUGUUACCUCGUUAUCCUGAACUGGGCAGUUUUUUUUGCCAAAUCCUACCGCGUUUAAACACAAUAAGUACCUGCAAUGCAUGACUGUGCUUGGAGAUCUGAUGAAAUGAAAGUUACUGUACAUAAAAAUAGUAGAUCAUGAUAUUCAAGUAAGUAGUGUAGUCUGCGGCGUGUGCUUGCCAAGAGUAUGACUUUUUUUUUUUUUUUUUUUUUUUUUUUUUUUAUGCUCAUUAACAAAGAUGUGACAACUAGUUGAAGGAUUUUCUCUAACAUCUGCUCAUUACACUUUUUCAGACUUUAGGAGCAUGUACUGUACUUUUGGCAUGACACUGGUUUAUAUUCCUGCAAAUGGAAUUUUUUUUUAUCCGUUUUAAAGGGAAUCUAUAGGGCGAAAAAAUUGAUUUGUCAACAUGAUGGUUAGUGUAUUGUGUGAAUUUAAAUAUAAAAUAUUUAGUAUUUGUACUUGCCAGCAGUCAUGAGUGGGCAAGGGACCUCCUCAGAAAAGCAGCUGAUUGGCCAGCCACAAAUAUUGAAAUUCAAGUGGUUCUAUACCCCUAAUGUUGAAGUUGUAGCUAUAGGUAAGGCUUGCCUAUAGGUACUGUAAAUAUCUCCUAACCGUGUGGCGUUUAGGAGAUAUUUACCUUGUAGUACGCCGAUGUCAUUGGCGCAUGCAUUCUGAAUGAACAGCCCUCUCUGCCAUUUCUUCACUAGAAGCGCCAUGACUGACCGCUCCCAUGCGCAUGCGUGGGAGUGACAUCACUCGACUUAGGCCAGUCACAGAGCCAGAGUCCGUGGCCCCGGAAGGAAGAGGGUCGAAGAUAGAUGCGGCCACAAGCGGGGAGAUCGCAGGCUUCGUUUGCAGGGAAGUGGCACAUAAUAGGCUAGUAUGCAAUGCAUACUAGCCCAUUAUGCUUUUCCGUUGCAGGGGAAAAAAAAGAGGAACUAUGUGGUCUUGAUUUGUGGCAAGGCCUAUAAAUCGGAAUAAAUUAAUAAUUGAUGGUGGAAUACUUUGACCACUGUAUGUCUUGCGGGUGUAAAAUCUCUAAGACAUAAUUACUUGGGUUUAUAGCUGCGAAAAACGGCAACUAUGAAAACUCUGUUUGCCUGCAACCUUAGACAUGUCGUUUGUUGCCUAGAGCCAGUGCAAAGAACUGAAUGUGAUUUUUAAAAAUCCCUUUCAACUAAAACAAAGAUAAAACAUUAAUUACUUGUAAAAAAUAGUCACCCGGGCUAUGCUUGGUAUCAGGGCCAACACUGCACUCUGGCUUUUUAACUUAAAUUGCCCUUGUAUUACACAGUGCUUCACAUCACCAGCACAACACAGUUUAAUAAAUUGACAUAACUGAGGGCAGGGCAUGAAUUUGGCAGAUAACGUGUGGUGGGCAAUGCCAAGUAGAUUACAGCACUCGGUAACAUCACAAUUACUUUAUUAUUGGUUUCUGUGGUGUGUCUUUUUUUUUUUAUU